UCGAAGAACCGAACUACGAAUGGCUGGAGGGACGUGCAUGCGAAAGCGACCAAAUUGAUCCUUAUUCAUUACCAAACGAUUCUAGCGAAAUAGAUAAGUUGCAUCUGCAACAUUAUAUUAUCAGAUAUGCGUUGAAUUCUUAUUUUAUGGCUCCGAUUGAUAUGUCAAAGAUUGAAAGAGUUUGUGAUGUAGGGUGUGGAUCGGGAAUAUGGUCAAUGGAGAAUGCAGCAAUGUUUCCCGGAACCUCUUUUGUCGGAAUCGACGUUCGAACCAUGUCUCCCGAAGAAGUCCGUCCGUCCAAUUGGGAAUUCCGAUAUUGUAAUAUAUUCGAAGGACUAAACUUUCCCAGAAACCAUUUUGACUAUAUCUAUCAACGUUCCAUGUUAAGCAGUAUACCGGAGAAGAAGUGGAAUUAUGUGAUAAAAGAAUUGAUUAGAUGUACCAAGCCAGGAGGAUACAUCGAGCUCACAGAAAUGCAGAUCGGCCUACACAAUCAAGGUCCCUAUUUGAAGAAGCUUCAUCAUCAUGUCAACAAAGCGUUUGAAUUACGAGGUAUCUACCAACGCACGAUAAAACGUCUUCCCAAGCUUCUAUCGAAAUCCGGGUUAGUGGAUGUUAAUGUGAGAUCGAUAUCAGUUCCAUGCGGAUACUGGGGCGGUCAG